GUCAACAUGAUUGCUUUAAUCCUUUAAAUCUUCCUCAUGGUACAAAAACCUUGCAAUUUAGAUCUUCGAGUAUAAGAAGCGAGUACCUUUAUUUUUCGUCCAUAAGCUUUAUUGGAUUGUUAAUUGGAUUGUUCUUUUAAUCAUAGCAGCCUUGAUCGUUUAUUAUGAAGGUUACUUUUUGGAUGUGAUUUUAAUCUUGGGUAGAUUGCUCCUAAUAUCCAUCCUUUUGAUAUACACACUCUUUAUCAGAAAACAAGACUUGGCAGAAUUUGAAGAUUUGGGAUUUUUCAAUAGUGAAUUGCCAGACAUCGAUGUUUCUUCAUAGGAGCAGAAACUGAGAAUUUCGACCCUAAAUAGUACAAUUUAAAUGUUAAUAGGUAGAUCUUCAAACCCAAUUUUUUUCUGUGGAACUUAAAAAGAUGUGGAAUAUUGUGGAUAAUGAUAUAGAAAUAAAAUUGAAUAUGUAAAAUUUAGUAUAGUAAUGUGUAGCCAUUUUGCAGAGAAAGAGAAAAGCAUGAAAUUGAAGAAGAGAGUGUCAGAGUUGUUCGACAUGCAUUCAAAAUUGGUAUUGGAAUGCGCAGUCUAUUUUGAGUAGCAUAAUAAUGACUAACUCGAAUUGAAUUUUUUGAUCAAGUAGAUUUCAGAGAGCACAGAUUUGCAAAUGAUCAACUACAUCCAAAAAUACUUAAAUGUGAUCAUGAGUAAAAUAGAGUUGAUAUGCACGACCUUUCUGGAUUUCAUUGAAUUGCCUCAACAGGAAAGAGAAUUGGUGGACGACAUCAAACUGCAAAACAGACAACUCCACAAAUAGUCAUUCACCAAGAAGCAGCAACAAACCAAUUUCCCUUACAAGAAAUGGGAAUUGCAACAGCCCUACAUUCCCUAUGUGAAUGUGAAGAUCAAGGAACAUCUGACAAUCAAACAACAUGGCGAUUCCUACAUCCAAUACCGGAUAGUGCUCAAGAUCAAUUAAGAAACCCUGGUUACGCAGAAGAGAUUUAGAGAGUUCUCUGAGUUGAAUGAGCAAUUGAAACAACAAGGCAUUAAAUACUCGUCCUUAUUCCCCCAAAAGAGUAUCGGAAAGUUGACUGACUUGGACGUGGAAGAAAGAAAGAAGGAUUUGGAAAUCUACUUGAAGGUGUUAUUGAAUGACCGGAGUAGUCAUAACUGUUUGCCAUUAUUCAAGUUUGUUGGUAUCACUAUGGUUUAGGAACUCUUCUUAAAAAAGCAGCACCAACGCAUCCAAAAGGAUGUGGAGUAGGUCAUUCAAUCCACGGUGAAGUUUCUGUAAUUUGAGGAUGUUCAGGAUUCGAAUGGAGACAAAUACUUUAAGUACUAAUUCCAAAUUGUGAAUACUAAUGUCUUCAAUCAACAUCAUAUCAUUACUAAGCGAUACUCGCAAUUCGAUGAAUUGCACAGCAUCCUGAAACAGAGGUAUAUCUUUGUGUUGAUUUUCAAUAGGGUCCAAUUUCUACCUUUAUUGCCGUAGAAAAGCAAUGCUCUCCAGUAGAAUGUCAAUCCGAACCAAAGAAGUGGGUUGCUGCUCCAAUAUCUGAAUGAGUUGAUAAAGAAUCCGUAGGUUUGUGAGAACCCUCAUUUUAGACAGUUCAUUGACAUUCCCUUUUUUAAUUUUGAAUCUGACGAGGCAACCAUCCCAGAGACUGCCAAUUAGUUCAAUCAAAUCUUGAGACAUCUAGACAACGAUUCGAUAGUUAGCAAGAUAGACAACAUGAAAGUGAGAUUGUGGGAUUGA